AUGGAUACACCCAAAAGCUGACGCCCCAAAAAUAAUCAAAAAAAAAAAAGGAAAAAAGAAAACGAGAACGGCGAGAGAGGAGAGAGAAUUUGAGGAGAAUCCCACGAGAUUCCUCUUCGACUCCGAUCGAGGGCGAUGGGUUAGAAGAGGAUUUGGUGUCUCUGAAUUUCUCUUUCACCAAUAGAAGAAAAUAAAGAGAUUUUAUUUUUCUGGUUUAUUGCAAAUUGUUCUGUGGUGAUUCCAAAGAACUUCAUUGAAGUUGGAGUUAUUUAUUUUUGGAGAUCGGACCGAGCUCUUACCGAGAUAUUAAGUUUCCGUAUUAAGAGGAAAGUUGGUGAAGGUUAGGAACGAGGCAAGCUCAGCACUUCUAUGCCAAUUUUUAUUUUAUGUUUAGCUGUGUUUGUUGAUGGCAGUUUCCCUGCUGGAACCACAAAGUGAAGUUCAAACUGAUAGACAUCCUUUAUUGAUGGACCGCACAGCAAACCCUAACACCCAUGAGCAUGCAAUUGAUAUACCAAGAUCGGCCUCAAUCUCUGAUCAAAAUGGUCGUGAUGACUUUGAUUUAAAUUACAAUGAUAGACCUUCAACAAGCACAUCACCUCCUCUCUCACAACCAUCAUUACCAUCACCGACUGUAUCUAACUCUAGAAAUGCUUCUUUCAAUAGAAGAGGCGGUGAUAAUUACAAUCGUGCCACUCGCAGAAGCCCUUUGAACUCUGGACUCUGGAUCUCAGUUGAGCUCGUUGUCAAUGUGAGCCAAAUUAUAGCAGCAGUUAUCGUCCUCGCCCUCUCAAGGCAUGAGCACCCAAAAGCUCCUUUGUUUGAGUGGAUUAUUGGUUAUACGGUGGGCUGUAUUGCUACCCUCCCUCAUCUUUAUUGGCGCUAUAUUCAUCGCAACAACCUGAACUCUGAACAAGAAUCACGUCAGGGAUCUUCUUCUCCAGACAACCUUCCACAAUCUUCUUACACUGUCAUUUCUGGUGCUCAAAAUUCAGAAGGAGUGCAUGGUCAUGGAAAUGCCGAGGUCUCACAAUUAAGACAAAAUAUAAUAACUGCUAAUCCAAGGAUUAAUGCGCUUAUUGAACAUUUUAAAAUGGCACUGGACUGCUUCUUUGCUGUGUGGUUUGUUGUGGGAAAUGUGUGGAUAUUUGGCGGGCAUUCUUCUUCUUCUGAUGCUCCUAACUUGUACAGGUUAUGUAUAGUGUUCCUUACAUUCAGCUGUAUCGGUUAUGCAAUGCCUUUCAUUCUGUGUGCAAUGAUAUGCUGCUGCUUGCCUUGUAUUAUAUCCAUUAUGGGUAUUAGAGAAGAAAUGAACCAAAAUAGAGGUGCUACCUCCGAAUCGAUUGAUGCAUUACCUACAUAUAAGUUCAAAUUAAAGCGGCGUCGUAGUGGUUUAGAGAGUGAAAUUAACACAGAAGGCCAAAGCGAAGUUGGGAUUUUGGCUGCAGGAACCGACAAGGAGAGAAUCAUUUUGGCUGAGGAUGCUGUCUGUUGCAUAUGCUUGGGAAUGUAUGUUGAAAACGAUGAGCUCCGUGAACUUCCUUGUUCGCACUGUUUCCACAAGGAGUGUGUAGACAAAUGGCUCAAAAUCAAUGCCCUUUGCCCUCUGUGCAAAUCUGAAGUAGGGGCUACCUCGGGCUCCUCCAGCUCGACGACAAACCCUAGCCGACGCCAGAACGAUAGGAGAGUCGGGAAUGGCUUGGACCUGCAACAAGAAAUGCCAUAAGUUUUCAUGGCCUCUUGAUAGUAUCAUCAGAGUUAAAAAAAAGGGGUUCUUUUGUGAUCCCUAAUUAUGGGCAUCGAUCUCGAUGCAAACCUGAAGGUCUUUUAUUUUUCGACCGGGUUUUGCUUUGGAAUCGGUUGUUGGUUUUCUAUGCUGAUGGUGGUAACAGGGAUCUAUAAGGCCUCCGGCGAAUCAAAACAUCUUCAGCUCGGUGUAAGUGAAGAGGCCAUAGAUCUGGGGGAAUGACACUCAGAAAUAAUUGGGGAUCCAGUGAAAUUUCAGGUCACCUUUUUAUAUACAUAAAAGAUGAGUAUCGUUUUUCCGCUCUUGCUUGCUUUUCAUAGUGAUGCUGAAUUAUUGGAGAUUCACAACACACAAAGAAAGAGUGAUUUGGAACAGAUAAACUCUAUAGUGGAAAACUGAAUAUACAUUAAACAGUUAAAUCAUGACGACCUGCUGCAUAGUGGUUAAAAGUUUGUUAGCUAUACACCUCACCUUUUUUCAAUGUCUUUGGUUGGAAAUUUAUUAUUAUUACUUUUUGUCUUGCGAACAAUAUGCAAUUUCACUACUCAGUCGUUUUACAGUAAUAAAGUAUUGAAACAUCAGAGUC